AUGACAACAAGAGCUCCAACUGGAGAAAAACCAUUCUUUUGUCCCAUCCCGGAAUGUGAAAAACAUUUUACAAGAGCAGAUGCAUUAACAAAACAUAGAAAAGCAGCACAUAAUUUACAAACUGUUAAAGAUCAACUACCAUCAUUUAAAGAAAAAUUUCAAAGUGUUGAAGAUAUAACAGAAGAUAAAUUUCGAGAAUUAGUUAGAAAUGAUUAUAAGUUAAAACAGCCAUGGUGGUUUAAUCAAGAGUUUUUACAAGUAGUUAAAGGAGAAAUAGAUUCAAUUGAGAAUUUACCAUUUGAUUUAAAUCAAUAUAAAUUAAGUAAUUUAAGAAUAAAACAAAUAAUACAGGCGAAUGAUGCAAAUAUAAAUCUUGACCCGAACAAUCAAAUCAUAAAUAUAAUUAAAAGACAAAUACAAUAUGAACAUCCAGAUAGAGUAGUAAAUAUAAAUAGUGAUAGAAUAAUAGAAGAUUUAUCAAAAGAAUCAAAUGAAUUAAUUACCAGUUACACCCCAGAAGAAGACAUAAAUGUUGAUAACAAAAACCUAGAUGAAUUGAAGCAAUUACAUAAUACUUUACAAUCACAACUUAAUACAUCAUUAAAAAUAAAUAAAAUAAUAACAAAUAAAUUACAAUCGUCAAUUUUAAAUAAAAGAAAAUUAUGGAUAAAAAAUCAAAUAGUAAUUGACGCAAAUUUAAAAAUUGGUUUACCACCAGAACCAAGCUCAAUACCUCAAAGAGUAAUUCAGGAUAAAUACGAUUCGGAAUUAUUAAAAAAUUUGUGA